GGUGACAUUAGCAGAAAGGCUGGAUUCUUUCAUCUUUACUUUAAUGGCUGAUGAACUAUUACUGAUAACAAAACUUUGAAAAAUGGUGGCAGCUUUUGCUGUUUCUCUUCCAAAAUCCAGUGUUUUGCAUAACUCACUUUCCCAGAGAGACCCAAAUUCUACCUUCCUUGGUGCAUCCUUGAAGGGUUUAUCUUUGCAGUUGAAACCCAGGAGCAAGAGAAGAGAUCCCAUCAGUUUGGUGGUUGCUUCUGCUACCACCACCAGCAGUAAUGGCGGAAGGUUUUAUUUGAAUUUCACAGGGUUUCCUUUCCCACUAGGUCCUUUUCUCAAUAGACGCACCAUAAGGACGGAGGCCGUCAAAGAUUGCAUAUGGCUAUUCGAACAGGAGCAGGCCUUAGGCUUCAGCAGCGUUUCAACAAACAUCCGAAUGACUGUCAUCAAACUCAAAUCUGGAGGACUAUGGAUCCAUGCACCCAUUGCUCCAACCAAGGAGUGCAUUCAGCUUGUGAAAGAAUUGGGGGCUCCAGUAGAAUACAUUGUCCUUCCAACAUUUGCUUAUGAGCACAAAAUAUUUGUUGGUCCUUUUUCUAGGAAGUUCCCUCGUGCACAAAUAUGGGUAGCACCAAGGCAAUGGAGUUGGCCUCUCAAUUUGCCACUUGAGUUCUUUGGAAUCUUCCGUGCCAAAACCUUGAAGGAUGAGGAUUUGUCCACCCCGUGGGCUGAUGAAAUCGAACAAAAAGUUCUUAGCUCACCAGAAGUUGGAAUUGGUCCCUAUGUGGAAGUAGCAUUUUUCCAUAAGCGUUCAAAAACAUUGCUUGUGACAGAUGCUGUAAUUUUUGUCCCAAGGCAACCUCCAGAGUGUAUUAGCAAAGAGUCCUUGUUAGCAUCUGCAAAAAAUGGUCUAGCUGUAAAGAUUCUAAGCAAAGGAAAGGAAGUUCCAGAGGAACCAGUUAUCGACAACAAGAUGAACCGUCAGAAAGGGUGGGAGAGAAUGGUUCUCCAGAUCUUGUUUCUAGGUCCAUCAAACCUUUUGGAACCUACUGCCAGCUUUGCUCAAAUGUCACAGAAGCUGAUUGUUUCACCCAUUGUCAAGACACUGGUUUUCAGUAAAGUUCCUGAAAAGGUUAGAGAUUGGAUUGACAGGAUUGCCCGAGACUGGCGGUUCAGGAGAAUUAUCCCAGCCCACUUUGCUGCUCCAAUAAGUGCAAGCAGGUCAGAUUUCUUGGCAGCCUUUGGGUUCCUGGAUGACCUAUUGGGUGAACGUUAUGUUACAAGGCCUUCACUUUCUCUUCUGUUCACAUCCAUUAUGGGUAAGGCAGCCAGUUACUUCCCUCCAGAUGACAUGAGGACCCUGUCAUCUCUUGACGAGUUUCUAGUUUCAGUUGGAGCUGUGAAGAAAACUGUGUCAGGCAGAAAACGGUGACAUAGAGUUACAUGUAAAUCCCCUUGUAAGGUCUUUUCCCAUUUUACAUGAAGUUUGUAUAUGUAAAGCUAGCUUUAUCAAGUGAUACUAUUUUCUUUCCUUCUUUUUCACUGUUUUGUUGUACUAGCAUAUGUAUUGUAGGGUAUACAUCUCUAGGAUACUUUUGAAUUUGUUAGCUAGAGAUCAAAUCUUGGUAGGUGCUGAGGAGUCAUAAAAUGACAAGUGAGGACGCAUUUUGUUAGCAUUGUAAUGUUAAUAGCAGAGUUUUUUGCAUGUUGGUUG